AUGGCCUCCAGUACCUCCACAUCUGUCGAAGCUCGGUCCCAAGCUUUCCAUACUGAGUUCGAGGCAAUCUGCCGAGACAUCCAGGGCUCGAUCCUCCCCAACAUCAUCGCGCACUGGACUGAUGACGAUGGUGCCCCUACUGAUUCCUGCCUCCUCGGCCCCUCCAUUGAUGGCGGAAUGCCAGAGAGGCUUGUGGCCCACUUGAAGAACAACCUGGUAGACCACUCGGCCUUUGACGGGGGGGACUUCCAAGAUUGGAACGUUGUCAGGCCGCAGCAGCAAUGGCCGACCGUGACCUCGGACUGGGAGAAGUGGCUGCCGAGGAUGGAGCAUUUCUUCGGCAAGCAAUGGAAAGAUCAAGGCAUCUACCACUUGAUCAAGUUGUUUGAUCAGCCGCUCGUCAUGGAUUGGUCGCUCUUGGCCGCGGCCUUGUGCUUCUGGUCGUCGGCCACCAAUACUAUGAACUUUCGGUUCGGCAUGAUGACGCCGACCGUGCUGGACAUGGCCGCCCUGUUUGGCCUCUCUCCUCUCGGUGUGGAAGUGAACGCCGCACUCGUUGCUCCUGAGGUGGAAGAGAGCUUUAAAGCCAUGUGGCCCGCUCUCACGAGAGUCGCCGGGAACAAGGCGAAGAAUAUGCUCAACUACUCCAGCUUCUACAGCAACUUCAGCAUAAAGGACAGCGCUGAAGACAACAUCAUUGCCCCUCUCGGCGAGGUUGAACACGCCGCGUUCUUGCUGUACUGGUUGUGCAAGUUUGUGUUCUGCACCCAGGCGAACAAGGUCACCCUGGAGUUUGCUCAUGCGGCCGAUUAUCUUGCGCAGGGCGGCAGGCUAGGGCUCGGCCCAUUCCUUCUCGGCCAUAUCUACCGUACGCUUCAUGACAUCGUUACUGAUGGAAUGAAACCGAAGCACGGCGGUCCGCUGUGGGCUUUCCAGUUCUGGCUGCAAGCCUACUUCCCAGAGCUGAGGGCGACGGCUAAUAUUAACGACGCCGAGCCGCUGACCAAUGCAUUUGCCCGAGCUCCUAGGAGGCAUAACACCUCGGCCCUCUGUUACAAAUUCUUCUAUGGCCUGACUGAGAGAACUGGUACGCAGUUCCGAGUCUGCCUUACUCGGCCGUUCCCCCGGUUCCUGACUCACGACCUCUCCGUCAUUCCUGAUGUUGAGACGGAGAACGAUCUGAAGGAGAUCUGGGGCUCCUUCCUGGUUACGCGCGACCUUCACUGCGGCAUGUCCAAGGCCGGGGCCGAGGUUUAUCUGCCAAACUUCGUGGCGCGACAGUUCGGCCUAAUCCAGACGGCCCCACUCCCUCCUCUGUCAACCAACCGGCUCUCGUCAUGGAGGGCCGAUGUCUCUCAGCAACAAGGCGUGGCUGGCAUAACCUUCCAGCUUUAA